UUUUUUGUUUAAAUAUUUUUAUUGUUUUUUGUGUUUUAAUCUUAUUCUCUCAUUGUUCUUUUAUUUUAUUAAUCUUUAUCCUCUCUCUAAAUGUCUUUGUUUUUUUACAAAUAUUUUUCCUCUUUUUUCUUAAUUUAUCUCAAUUCUAUCUCAAUAUAAUACACCCUUUUUUACGCAUUUACCCUUAUUUUUAUAUAAUUUUCUUGGACAAUUUUAUAUUCAUUUUCAUUUCCCCCUAAUAUUCUCUUAUUUUUUUUUUCUUUUUUUUUUAUUUUUUUAAUAUAAAUAAAAUGGGCUUGGCCUCUCGAUUAAUUAAAUUACGCGGAAGAAUUUUCAGACAACAACCAAAAUAAAAGUAAGGAAGAAAGUGACACAAAAGAUACUAAAAAGCUAAUGUUCAGAAAGCUUCAAGUCCUAAAUAAUACGAAAAACAAGGUGCCAAAAAGUGCCAAAAACAAGAGAAAGAAAAUUGGAGAAAAUUGCAAAAUUCUUUCUUUCUAUUUAAUCUCUUAACGGAUGACACCUCUUUCCACUAAUAUUUAUAUUUACUCUUAAAAAUGAGAAGAGAAUUUAAUGCGGAAGUAAAUAAAAAUAAAUGUAAUAUCCUAGAGUCACUAGGAAAAUUCAUGAGACCUCUCUGCAAGAGAAGGAAAUCCUUAAAGAAAAAUGCCUUUUAAAAAUCUUCCAAAAAAUUCCAAAAAAAAUUUUUUACCCAAUUAAUAAGCAGACUUUCUUCCUUUCAAUUUUUCAUUUUAUUUUAACUUUCCCUUCCCCUUCCCCCACCUACACAAAAUUUUCAUUUAUUUUUUUUCAUUAUUUCCUCCUUUUUUAAUGCUCCAUUACUCCCUAUAUUUUUCCACUAUUUAUUCACUUUACAUCAUUUAUUUUAGACAUUUUAACAUUUAAAAAAAUAAAAAAAAGCUUAAUUUUCUUUCAAAAAAAUGUGUAUUAUUUGUUUUGUAUUUUUUAAAGAAAAAAUUAUUUUCAUGCGUGAAACAAGCAUAAAUUUAAUUUUAUAUGAAAUAUUAUUAAAGUACUUGUGAAAAAAUUGUAAAAUAAAAAUUAACUUAAGUUAGUCUGAAAGACAAAUAAAAGAAGGAGCCCUUAAGAGACCAAAAAUCAUGGCCAAAGAAAAUUCUACAACGUUCAAAGAAAUUCUAAAAAAUUUUAAAAAUUCUAAAGAAACCCCUCAAACUCCUAAAAAUUCCUUGAAAUCUAAAAAAUACCCGGAAAACCAACAAAUCCCUCGAAAUUUAAAGAAAACCCCCUCAAAAUUCAAAGAAAAACCCCUCAAAAUUCAACGAAUAUUCAAAAUCACCAAAUCCGCCAACAUUCAAAAUCUAAAGAAAACCCUCCUCAAAAUUCAAAUAAUUUCCAAAAAUCCCUCAAAAUCCAACAAAAUUUUCAACAUGACUGACCAAAAAACACAAUUCUCAUUUUCUUAUCCAAAUCUUUCAUUUUUAAUUUUAAAGAGAUUGACACGAGACAAAAAAGCAUUUUUUUGUUUUCAUUUUUAA